UUCGGAGGAGAUGAACGCCGGACAGCAGACGACACGGCGGGUGGCCGCGAGAGCAGGCCAGUCAAUAUGCCGCUCUUGUCGCAACACACCACGGACAUACGCAACCGCAGCGGCCGCAGCUCCCACACCUGAGCACGCCCUCGGCCAGCACAUCCCCCCCGUUGCUCACUCCUCCCCCUCCCCCUCCUACGCGGUCAACGCCGGGGUCCUGCUCUCGCGCCCGCCGCAGAUAACACGCGACCUGCACCCCUUCGAAGCUGCCUUCUUCCUGUACCAGAAGCGCCUGAACGAGCGUCUCGCUCUCCCCUUCACACGGUACUUCUACUUCAAAGCGCGCACGCCCGCCGACCGCGAGUGGAAGCGGAAGAUGGCACAGCGCCUGACGCCCGCACGAGACAUUGGGCGGUACAAGGGGUACGGCGAGGAGGCGUGGAACGACGAGGUGCUUGUCGGCGCCAAGGAGAGCGAGCUCCAGUGGCAGGUCGACCGGCUGUUGGAGGAUGCGGAGACGACGGGGGCCGAGGAGGACAGCGGUGUUGCUGCGGCCGCGGCGAAUGCGGCCAAGGACGAGCGCGAGGCGUUUGAGCGGCCGCCGGGCAGGGAGACGGAGGCCGAUCGGACCAACGACACGAGGAGUUUGGCGAGGGCGCUGCAGAGGACGCUGUAUUUGCUGGUCAAGAACAAGGAGGGGAGGUGGGAGUUUCCGCAGGAUAGGCUGAGGGAUGAGAACUUGCACGGAGCCGCGCAACGCAUCAUCACCGCCUCCGGUGGCCCCAACAUGAACACCUGGCUCGUCGGCCACGUGCCCAUCGGCCACUUCCAGCACACCUACAGCGCCCCCAUUACUACCUCCACCGGCCUUUCAGAGCAAGGCUCCAAGACCUUCUUCCUCAAGGCGCGCAUCAUGGCCGGCCAGGCGAAUCUCAAGGACAACAAGCUCGGGCUGCAGGACUUCAAGUGGCUGCACAAGGACGAGCUGAAGAGCGCAGUUGAUGGCGAUUACUGGCGCCAGAUCAAGAACAUGCUUGCUGAGCGGUAGUGAAAAUGUACAGAUUGGGACGGGGUGUGUAGAUGUACAGAUUGGGACGGGGUGUGUAGAAUAUGCAUGUGGAAGACGUCAUGUAGAAUCAUUGUACAGUAAAUCGUGGAGCGAAUGCGUUGUCGGAGCAUGGCAAAUAUCAGCGAAGCCUCAAAGUU